UGUUACUGAAAAUUUCACAUUUCCACAAUGUGUUUUAUUUCCAGCAGAUGGACACACAAGCAGGAAUAUCUCAGAAGGACAUCUAAUGUUAUCCCCGGAUUGUGAAAUAAAAGAUAAUGACAGCAGACAGGAUUCUCCAGGAGAUAACCCCAUUACCCCAAUUAUACAUCCAGCUCUAUCAGCUGAUCCCUCUGAUCAUGGGAAAUGUUCUCCUGAUCACUCUAAUGUUGGAGCAUCUGUUACAGCUCUGACAGUAGAUACAGUGUUUCCCUGUUCUAUAGAUGCCAAAUGUUUUACACAGAACACAAAGCUUAUUACCCAUCAGCCAGCUAAGGCAGGUGAGAAGCCAUUUCCAUGUUCUGAGUGUGGAAAAUGUUUUACAUACAAAUCAGCUCUUGUUACACAUCUGAGAAGACACACAGGUGAGAAGCCAUUUUCGUGCUCUGAGUGCAGGAAAUGUUUUACCCGGAAAUCACAACUUGUUACACAUCAGAGAAGUCACACAGGUGAGAAUCUAUUUCCAUGUUCUGAGUGUGGGAAAUGUUUUGUAUGGAAAUCACAACUUGUUAUACAUCAGCGAAGUCACACAGGUGAGAAGCCAUUUCUAUGUCCUGAGUGUGGGAAAUGUUUUGCACAGAAAUCAGAUCUUGUUAGUCAUAACCGAAGUCACACAGGUGAGAAGCCAAUUUCUUGCUCUGAGUGUGGGAAAUGUUUUACCCGACAAUCACAACUUGUUAGACAUCAGCGAAGUCACACAGGUGAGAGGCCAUUUCCAUGUCCUGAGUGUGGGAAAUGUUUUGCACGGAAAUCACAACUUGUUAUACAUCAGAGAAGUCACACAGGUGAGAAGCCAUUUCCAUGUUCUGAGUGUUGGAAAUGUUUUGCACACAAAUCAGAUCUUGUUUUUCAUCAGAGAAAUCACACAGGUGAGAAGCCAUUUUCUUGCUCUGAGUGCGCAAAAUGUUAUACUCAGAAAUCACAACUUGUUAGACAUCAGAGAAGUCACACAGGUGAGAAUCCAAUUACUUGCUCUGAGUGUGGGAAAUGUUUUACACGGAAAUCACAACUUGUUAAACAUCAGCGAAGUCACACAGAUGAGAAGCCAUUUCCAUGUUCUGAGUGUGGGAAAUGUUUUGCACAUAAAUCAUAUCUUAUUAAACAUCAGAGAAGUCACACAGGUGAGAAGCCAUUUUCUUGCUCUGAGUGUGGGAAAUGUUUUACACAAAAAUCACAUCUUGUUAGACAUCAGCGAAGUCACACAGGUGAGAAUCCAUUUCCAUGCUUUGAGUGUGGGAAAGGUUUUGCAGACAAAUCAGCUCUUGUUAUACAUCACAGAAAUCACACAGGUGAGAAGCCAUUUCCAUGUGCUGAGUGUGGGAAAUGUUUUGCACAGAAAUCAGAUCUUGUUAGUCAUAACCGAAGUCACACAGGUGAGAAGCCAAUUUCUUGCUCUGAGUGUGGGAAAUGUUUUACCCGGCAAUCACAACUUGUUAGACAUCAGCGAAGUCACACAGGUGAGAGGCCAUUUCCAUGUCCUGAGUGUGGGAAAUGUUUUGCACGGAAAUCACAACUUGUUAUACAUCAGAGAAGUCACACAGGUGAGAAGCCAUUUCCAUGUUCUGAGUGUUGGAAAUGUUUUGCACACAAAUCAGAUCUUGUUUUUCAUCAGAGAAAUCACACAGGUGAGAAGCCAUUUUCUUGCUCUGAGUGCGCAAAAUGUUAUACUCAGAAAUCACAACUUGUUAGACAUCAGAGAAGUCACACAGGUGAGAAUCCAAUUACUUGCUCUGAGUGUGGGAAAUGUUUUACACGGAAAUCACAACUUGUUAAACAUCAGCGAAGUCACACAGAUGAGAAGCCAUUUCCAUGUUCUGAGUGUGGGAAAUGUUUUGCACAUAAAUCAUAUCUUAUUAAACAUCAGAGACGUCACACAGGUGAGAAGCCAUUUUCUUGCUCUGAGUGUGGGAAAUGUUUUACACAAAAAUCACAUCUUGUUAGACAUCAGCGAAGUCACACAGGUGAGAAUCCAUUUCCAUGCUUUGAGUGUGGGAAAGGUUUUGCAGACAAAUCAGCUCUUGUUAUACAUCACAGAAAUCACACAGGUGAGAAGCCAUUUCCAUGUGCUGAGUGUGGGAAAUGUUUUACACAGAAAUCACAACUUGUUACACACCAGAGAAGACACACAGGUGAGAAGCCAUUUUAAUCUUCUGGAGUAUACUUAUCAUUGCCAUGCGAUGUUCUUCAAGGUUCUUAUCCUACCUCCUGUGCUUUUUUCAAUAUACAUGCUACCACUGGGUAUAAUAAUCAGAUGUCAUGCCAUCAUCUACCACUGCUAUGCAGAUCUGUCUUUUGCUCCGCGUACUGAAAACCCAGUACCAAUCCUAAAUGUCUAGCUGAGCUCCAGGUGUGGGUGAUGCCAGUUGGCUGUGACUCAGUCCUGGUGAAACAGGUUCUUAUGGUAGAAGCUCACCAUCAAAGGGCAGAGGGAUACAGCUCAGCUUCGUAAACCAGACUUACGCUUGGGGGUUCAGAGUUACAAAAUGCUGAUCCUGUGCGGAAUAUUGGUGUCCUGGAUGGUGGAGUGACACUUAGACAUCAGGUAUCAGCCACAAUCAGAUCCUCAUCUGAGGAACAUAGCCAGACUCCAGCAUUUAUUUCCCUCAUAAGAUCUACCUACAGUCAUACAUGCACUUGUAUUAUCACGCAUAGACUACUGCAAUGUCCUCUACCUGGGUCACCUAGCAAAAGAAUCGCAUCGGUUGUAGCUUGUACAGAAUGCAGCAGCCAGACUGUUACCUAACCAGCCCGUUCCUGCCACAUAACACCCAUUCUCUGCUCCCUUCACCGGCUGCCUGUAAGAUGGUGACUCUGGGCCUAAUUCAGGUUGGAUCGCAGUGUGUGAUCCAAACGGAAUUAUUCAGUAAAAGUUGCGGGCGCAUCCACCCGCGUUUUCUGUGGAUGGGCCACAGAAAAUGCGAUUGCCUGUCAGGCAGAGGCAGUCACUGGGGUGGCGGGGAAUGCUCUGUUUCCAGGGAGGAGACGGAUCAGUGUGGGGGCAGUGUGGCACAAACGGAGGGCAGAGGAGGACAAAUGGGCAUGAUCACGGUGGCUUUGUGACAUCAGAUGCAGCCGCCGUGAUUGAGGAGAAUGCGGCGGGCCUCCUGCGGCAGCAUGAGGCUUCACUAAUUUCUACGAUGAAGCAGAAAUUGUGAGGCAAUUGCAAUUUCUGCUUCAUCAAGGGGGGAGGCGGUGGUCAGCAUGUUGGGUGGCCUUGCCCUGCGAUGGGCGGCCCCUAGCGCUCAAGGAAAAGUAUUGCAAAUUUGACUAAUUAGAAGCAUCUGCAAUCCUUACUGAAUUAGGCCCUCUAUUAAAUAAUUUACUGACUCCCAGCCUUGCAUGACCAUGGUACCAGAAGCAGCUUCUGCCUCCGUACUGCUCUGGUUUCUUCCAUCUGUUGAUGAAGGACUGUUAGCAGUACCAUAGAUUCCCAAGCAGUGUUUAGAUGUCAGGGGAGACGGUGGGUGGCAGUAGUGCAGUAGCGGGGGCUACUGGAAGCAGUGUGUAAGUGGGUAAUGUUCCCAAGCAGCGCUGAGGAGGGAGACAGGGCAGGGGGCAGUAGUGGGAGCUGCUGGACACAUUGUCUAUGUGGGUAAACAUCACCAAGCAGGGCUGAGGUGUCAAAGCGGAAAGACAGGGCAGGUGGUAGUAGUGGGGGGAGACACGGGGUGGAUAGCAGUAGUGCGGGGAGACGGGUAGCAG